CUGCUAAGUUAUUUGUAACUUUUCGGCUCCUUGGUUCUACCUGUUCGUGCUGUCAACGCGUGCUACCAGCCGAACCGUCGCGGAAUACAGACGGUUUACAUCGGGCAAAGAGUCAUUGUUACUGAUAGUUGCUAAGAAUAGCUUGGUUUAAGAACAGUGAGCACAAUGAGCCGUGUCAUCCAUGUCGGAUCUGUGGAUGAGUGGCGGGCAGCGCUGACCGAGUCUCGCCCUUUUUGGCGGAAAGUCUAUGAUUGUGGACUUUUACAGCGUCAUGGUGCGGGCCUUGCAAGAUGAUGGCCCCUAUCUUCGAGAAACUGAGCGCGGAGUUCACGACCGUAAAGUCCUUGAAGGCGGACGUGGAUGAGUUUCAGAAGGUAGCAGCCGAGUGCGGUGUGCGCGUCAUGCCCACCUUCAUCGGAUUCUACAACGGAGAGCAGGUUGAGACGGUGGUGGGAGCUGACCAGGCCCAGCUGCGGGCGCUGCUAACCACUCUUGCCAGCAAGGGCGGUGCGGGUGCGGGCCAGAAGCUGGGCGGCGGUGCGGCCAGCACGGCCCUGCAGACGACAGCCCGGAAGCUCGGCGGGCCCGCAUGCUGGCGGCAUUGACGCGCGCAGCAAGGGCGGGCAAUAGCUGCAUGCAGGCGCGUAGCAAGGGGGAGCAGUAGCCGCAUAUGGGCACGUACGCAGCAAGGGCGGACAGUAGCUGUAUGCAUGUGAUGCCGCACGAGAGUGGCGGGCAGCAGUGGGCCGUGCAUGUGACAAGCCGGCAAUGGGCAUUCAAUUGGGGCAGGUGCUGAUGCGAGGCAAGGGCGGUGCUGGCAGUAGACGUGUGCGCUGGACGCAUGAGGGUCCACAAGGGUUGGCAAUUAGGCAUCUGCCAGCGUGUCAGGUGCUGGCUGAAGACACGUGCAUGGGCAUGCAGCAAGGGAGGGAAAUGGGAUAUAUAGACGCAUGGCGGCAGCGCCUCGGUUU